GGUGCAUGUGGUGCCCAAUGAGCGGAGUUUAUGAGAGACAAUGUGUGUAUAUAGGUGAAGGGACGCUGGCACCUCCCACCAAGUUUCAGCUGUCAGACUGGGGCAUCGAGCUUGGCACACGGCCUGGCGCUGUCUUGCUAUUUGACUCAACUCACAUCAAGCAUCAAUCUCCGCCCCCGGUCAACACUGAUGCCAGACAUGUGCCUCGCAUGGCAUGCGCUCUUUCUGUGCCCGACAAGGAGCGCCUGAUGACUGAUGCGGAGUAUGCUGAGCGGCUGCUCGAGCAGCAGCGUUUGAGAGCGGCUUUUGAGGCAGAGCAUCCCAGGGAGGAAGAUCCAGAGGCGCAGUAUUACAAGGAGGAAAGUGCGGACAUCACGUCCGAGUAUGAUAAGGAGGAAACAUCAGAUGCAGAUUAUUUCAAGGAGGAAGAAGCAGACAAAAAGCCAGAGUAUCUCAAGGAGGAAAGUCCAGGCAACCAGGCAAAGAGGAUCAAGCUGGAAGAUGGAGGAAAGAUUAAGCUGGAAGGUGCAUGAAGGUGAAGCUUGCAGACACCCGUGUCCGCCAUGUGCGCACACAUGGCACUGCUUUGUGGACGUUGCAGAGGUGGACAUGGCAGGACAGAUCUAAGGGCCAUGCACCCUGAGGGUGAAUCUCCAGUUGAGUAUCUCCUCUUGACAAGCCCCAAUUGGUUUCACCUUGCAAAAAAGGCAGAAGGCAUAGUGCAGUGUCUUCAGACGAAAAUCCGCGCGCACAACGUUCGCACAUUUGACAUUUUUUUGUACGCUGUACUCAGCCU